UUGAUUCUUUCUGCUCUGUGUGGUGGCCCCACAAACACUUAGAUCUUUCUCCUGUGCCAAUUUCAUUUUUGUCUCUUCAUUUACCAGGACUAUUGCCUAGGAAGGAAAAUGGCUAUAGAUGCUCUGCGUUUAGCAAACACUGCUUUUGCAGUUGAUAUAUUCAAAAAAUUGUGUGAGAAGGACAAAACAGCCAAUAUUGUUUUUGCACCAUUGUGUACUUCAACGUCUCUGGCUUUGGCAUAUAAAGCUACCAAAGGUGACACCGCUACCCAAAUGACAAAGACACUCCAUUUAGAAGACGUCAAAGAUGUUUCAUUUGGGUUCCAGACAGUAACGUCUGAUGUUUCAAAACUCAACUCUUUCUUUUCACUGAAAAUGGUCAGACGGCUCUAUGUAGAAAAGUCUCUUAACCCUAUCAAGGAGUUUAUCAGUGCCACCAAGAGACCCUUUCCAUCUCAAUUGGAAAUUGUAGACUUCAAAGAAAAAACUGAGGAAACCAAGCAGCAGAUCAACCAAUCUGUUUCAGAGCUAACUGAUGGAAAAUUUGAGAACAUUUUGACUGAGGGGAGUAUAGAUGACCAAACUAAGAUCCUCCUGGUUAAUGCGACUUGUUUUGUAACCAACUGGAUGAAGAAGUUCCCAGAGGCACAAAUCCAAGAAUGUCCCUUUAAAAUUAACAAGAGUGAAACAAAACCAGUGCAAAUGAUGAAUGUGGAAGCUACAUUGUGCCUGGGCCAUAUAAAGGAAUUAGAAACGGCAAUCCUUGAGCUCCCUUGCCUCAACAAGCACAUUAGCAUGCUUAUUCUGCUACCAAAAGAGAUUGAAGAUGAUACCACUGGCUUAGAACAGCUUGAACAGGCACUCACUCCUGAGACAUUAGUACAGUGGACCAAUCCCAGUGUGAUGGCAAAUACCAAAGUGAACCUGUUUCUUCCUAAAUUUAAGGUGGAAGGGGAUUAUGAUCUGAAGCCCAUUCUGGAAAGCUUAGGGAUGACAGAUGUCUUCGACGAGAAUGUAGCAGACUUCUCUGAAAUGACCGAGACUAAGGGCACGGUUUUGUCACAGAUCAUCCACAGAGUCUCUCUGGAAGUAAAUGAAGAAGGUGCUGAAUCGUUAGAGGUACCAGGAUGUCGGAUCCUGCAACACAAAGAUGAAUUUAAAGCUGACCAUCCUUUUAUCUUCUUGUUUAAGCACAACAAAACUCGUAGCAUUAUUUUUUCUGGAAGAUUUUGUUCUCCAUAAAUAGGGCAUAGCUACUGAGAAAAGCAGAAUCCACUUAUUGUGAUUAGUAUUUCUGUAAAGCUUUGCUUUCUGAAUAUCACCAUUUAAAGGUAAUCUAAGCUGUUUAUAUUGCAAACGGGCAGCUCCAUGUACUUUUCACAUGCAGCAGUCAUAUACAGUGAUGCUAUUUUACUCCUUUUGUUUCACUCAUCUAAAAUAAGGAAUUUACCACAGCACAGGAAAUGUUACAUGUUUCAUCAGGAAAUACCCCGUCUCCAGCAACAAAUAUUUGUUUCUCUGAUGCAUUUCUUUUUCUAAAAGAAAAUGAAAUCAAAGUCUAUUUUCCUGGAAUACAGUGAAUUGGAAUUUCUGAGGGAUCUGGAAUUUCCUAAUGAAAACUGUCUUAGUUUUCCAUAGAUUUACCUUCUGCUGAGUCCAGAAGCCUUCCCAAACCUCAUUGUGUAUUUCCACUUUAAAAAAUGUGUUGACAUUUGGGAUUAUAGCUCUGACCCCGUGGUUGAUUGCAUACCAGCACAGUUGUGUGUGUAAGCAGAAAUUUAUUGGGUUCAAUAAGACUCUACUAUGGUAGAGCAGUGUGUCUAUGCAGUCCAUCAUAGACACUGGGCCUCUAUCUGUAAUAUGGAAUUAACAAUUCUUAUUCACCUUCAUAAACUGCAAUGAUAUCUAGGGAAGAAAUGUGCUAAAUAACAAAUUAAUUGAUGAUAAUAUUUUAUAGCAGUGACAAUGAGCACUCUCAGCUGGUGACCUCCAUAGAGCUAUGUCACUUUACACUAGUGUAGGAUCUUGUAGUUGGGAAUUUUCCUAACGAUGCCUCUUAAAUGAUGAAACCUAGCAGUCUGUGUAAGUUAACAGAGUGGCAUUGGCAGUGGUGAAAUGAUUAAAAAAAAUAAGUGGGUAAAUUAAUCUAAAUUGAACUCCAUAUUUCUCAAAUGAGAAGCUGGUUUAUCCUCAACUACACUACUGCAAAGUGACAGUUUCAGCUAUAAAGAGCCUAUGUUGUGUAUAUUCUGAAACUGAAAACAGGAAAUACUAAAUGCACCGAAUAUUUGCUGUGGAACAGAACUGACAGGUGUCUUAGGCUUGUGUUGCCUAUUAUUUCUGAAGUAGACAGACAAUCCCAGUAGUUAAUGGGAUGUGUAAAAAGGAAAUCCGGAAAUUAACAUGGGUUAGAUUAAUAUACCGUAAAAUCUCAAGUAUAAUGUGCACCUAUGUAUAAUGCGCAUCUGCCUUUUAAAGGUCAGAAUUUUUGAAUAAACUAAACUCUUAUCUAUAAUGCACACCCCCAUUAUACUUGAGAUUUUAGUAUGCAUAGGAAAGAAGGGGCGGGCACCUGCCUCGGGGCCCCUUGCCCAGCUGAGCUUGUGCGCGC